AUGGAUAAAAAUAUCGUAAUGCUUUGGGAAAAAUUAGAGGAAAAAUUAAACCAACAAACUCUAACUAUAACAUCAGCAGUAACCACAAACGUUAUGGAAGCGAUAAAUAAUAAGAUGGAUUCAAUUAUUCAAGAAAACAAAAAAUUAAAAACUCAGAUUACAAAACUUGAACAAAAACUAGAUCAAAUGGAAAUAGAUAAAAGAAAAAAGAAUUUGGUAUUUUUUGGAGUUGAAGAAAAGGGAAAAAGGGAAUCUGAACUGGUAGACUAUAUCAAAGAAAUUAUAACAGAUACAGGCUUACAUCUAGACAGCCAAGAAAUAAGCAAUGUUUACAGAAUUGGAGCACAAACUAACAAGAAUCGGCCAGUAGUCGUUUCCUUGACGACAAUUUGGAAAAAACAUUUGAUACUUAAAAAUAAAUCCAGCCUUCCAUCUGGGAUCUAUGUAAAAGAAGACUACCCGAAGCACAUAAUAGAAACCCGAAAGCAACUGCAACCAAAAGUAGAGGAAGAAAGAAACAAGGGUAACUUUGCAUAUAUCAAAUAUGAUAAGCUAAUCGUUAAAAAACCAAAUGAUCCAGGCCGUGAAAAAAGGAAGCGGGAACAGAGUGACUCGCCGAUAUCACCUACACAAAAGAGGUCAAACCCUAACAAAGCAACGAUGCCAACUGCAACGAAUACAAAGGAUGUAAUAAAACCUAAUUUAUUAAAUUAUAUAGCAAGGGGAAGGUCUAGCUCACUUUCAGAGGUAUCAAAAAACAACUAA